CAAGUAAAUUAUUUUCUAUAGAAAAAGUAAGACACACAAUUUGAACAGAACCUUCUUCCUUUGCCAAUUUGAACAGAAUACUGUAUAAAAUUUGUGAAUGACUAAAUUAGUUGGCCAUUCGGAUUCGGCACUAUUUAUGCAGUUCAACUAACUAAACUGACUAAGGAAAAAAAAAAAACCAAUAUUAACUAAAAAUCACCUAACUAAUACAGCAGUGAUAUAUCCUAUUCCGACGAUGCAUUUUAGGAAUCCCAUCAAAGACUGCACUUACUAUGUUUUGUAUAUACUUCUAACCUUUGGAUUGUUGUGUAUUCUCCUCUUAAGCUCUUCAUGUAGUAAAAGCGGUAAUUUAACUCUCUUUUCUUUACAAGAAUACUCCAUAUGCCAACCUUCAAAUGCAUUUUACAUAAAAACCUAUGAAGAUAAGCUUGAAGAAGCUUUGGCUGGAGCAGCGACUAAGGACAAAACAGUAAUAAUAACUGUUGUUAAUAAAUCAUACGUAGAGGGAGAUAAGCCAAUGCUAGAUCUCUUCUUGGAUGGUUUUUGGCAUGGAGAAGGCACUAGGGAAUUGAUGAAUCACUUGUUGAUUGUUGCCAUUGAUCAAACCUCUUAUGAACGGUGCAAGUUCCUCCAUCUUCAUUGUUACCAGCUCGAAACGGACUUUGUGGAUUUUGCCGGAGAGAAAGUGUACAUGUCGGAAGACUUUAUAAAGAUGAUGUGGCGAAGAACUCAGUUCUUAGGUGAUGUUCUUAAGCGUGGUUAUAACUUCAUUUUCACGGACACUGAUGUAUUAUGGCUAAGAAAUCCAUUCCCAAAGUUGAGCCAAAACAAACAAAUAGACUUGCAAAUCAGUGCAGAUAAUUUUAAUGGCGACCAAUGGUCCGAGGCAAAUCCCAUCAACACAGGCUUCUACAUGAUCAAAUCCGACAAUAAAACCAUCGCACUGUUUGAUAAGUGGUACGAGAAGAAAGAGGAUUCCAUCGGAUUUAAAGAACAAGACGUGUUGCAAAACCUAAUGCGUGAAGGAGAAUUUCGAAAGUUAGGCCUUAAAGUGAGAUUCUUGGACACUGUUUAUUUUAGCGGAUUCUGUCAAAAUAGUAAGGAUGUUAGGGCCGUAGUAACUGUUCAUUCCAAUUGUUGCCGGAGAAUUAGUGCCAAAAUGGCUGAUCUGAUCGCAGUAAUUCAUGAUUGGAAGAGGUUUAUGAGCUCCACUUCGAAUGAAACAUCGAGGUUUCAGUGGUCGCCUCAUGAUCACUGUCGAGAUUCCUGGCGAAAUUGAGGAUACUAUGAUUUUAUGUUGAGAAAUCUAAUUAAUAAUUAUGUAUACAAGUUCUUUACAAGUUCAAUCUUGUGAUUUUGAACGUAGCAAGACACAGUAUAUCAUUUGUAAGUGCAUCAUUAGAUGAAAUAUUUUCACACACUUUGUGUAAUACGUCCAAUAGCUUAGUGUCACGUUUGUUAGUUCACAUAUGUAUGCAAAAUUGA